CUACAGCCAGCUGCCAGGCUUAUAACCUGGGAAUAGCCUAGGCUGGCAGCUGCACAAAGCAACACAACAAGUAUGUGUGUGCGCCUGCUCUCUGCUGUGUGGAGUGUGUUGUGUGUGUGGGUAUAUAUCUAUCAACGGCUUACCGGACCCACUCUUUGAUCACCUCGCCGGCCACUCCGCUCUCCCGCAUAUACCGAAUAAUGUACUUCAGGACGCGGUUCCAGCACCGCAGCAGCAUCGGCAUGUACGACUGGAUGGCGUCCUCGUCUUGGUUGCCCGCAUCGUCAGUGAACCGCUCGAGAAUCCUGUUGUACAGCACCGCAAAGCCUGAUCGACACAGAUAAACGCCUUCGUCCAUUCAAACAACUACCCAUCCACGCAUCCAUCCAUUCAUACCCCCAAUCCCAGCGUACCGAACUGCCGCCGCAUGUUGAGGGUGACCGUGUAGAAGUAGGUGGGCAGCUCUUUGCCGGUCACCAGGUCGUUCAGGAGCUCCUCACUGGAGAUGCGCUCGUUGGUCACCCCACUCUCCACCUCCGUCCACGCCGACAGCUCCCGGACGCGCCUUCGCGCCUCGCUCGCAUCCAUGGGCAGCGCCGUCUCGAUGACUUCCCUAGUGCUGUCCUGCCGCUGCUUCAUGUACUCGGUCCCUCGGUCCAGUACGAGCGCCGAGUGUGUAUGGCUGAGCUCCAUGUUGAUGUAGAUGUUGUACAUGAACCCAAUAUAGUUCUCGUUGGCUGCGGUUCGGAGGCAAUGGUCGCGGAUGCGCAGCUUGAAAUGCUUCAUUGCAGAGGCGAUCCUGCGCUUGCCAUUCUACGAUGGGGAAGAGAGCAUGGAUGCGGGAAGGGCGCCGAUGGAAGUGUGGUCCCUCUUGUCCACAAAAAAGAAUGUCGGGGAACAUGUCGGCCUCCGGGUGAGUGAGGCAUGCACCGCGCGUCGAGUCCUUGGCCGUGAAGCUCUGCAAAAACCGCUGUGCCGACAGCUUUAUCUUGCUGUCACCCUUCUUGAGACGCCGCAAAAGUCGAAAGCACGGAUUGAACAGAAGGUGCGCCCAGAUCCGGUCGCCAUGUGGGCUGAUGCUGUACAGAGGGAGCUGGCUGCUGUCCACGUCGAGAAGCCGGUCAUCGGUCGCGUCCUCCGUGCCGAAGUCUGCGGGCCCCACGUCCGUCACCGCAUCGGCAACCACCUGCUCCCACGCGGCAUGCUCCGCCCGGUCCGCAGCGUCCUGUGGGUCGACAGGCUCCUCAUCCAACGCACAGUUCCUCAGACACUCACUGAUGAUGUCCCACUCUACCUCGGCAUGCCAAGUGUCUUCCUCUGGCGCGCCGUCCUGAUGGCCGCCGCCACCGUCACCAUCGACGUUCAUGUCAACAUCAGCAGCUGCACCGGUUGCCAUACCAACGGCAUUCUCACUCUCGCACUGUCUCUGCGAUGCCCCGAGUCGAUAGCACAGCAGCCGAUAGCCGACGUCCUCCUCGCUCUCGGCCUCGCCGACCUCCCUGCUGACCUCGGCGAAAUGUUUAGCACACAGACCCACCGGACAGCUUCACCUAACACGGCUUCCCCAGUGUGUCUUGAAUGGGCAACAGUAGCGGACCACCUUCGCCUGGCAUGUUGCGGGGCGCAGCUCGACGCUGUCCAGACUCGCAUCGAACGGUGGAUAGCAGCACCCCACGGACUCUUGCAGCAGUGAAAGCGGUGAGAGGACGGUCAGAUAGUGGUUGUCGUGCUGGUGACACCUGACAAUCGACUGGCCGCUCGUCAGCUCCCGGAGACGGACCUGAGCGUCCGUUCGAAUGCUCGCAGCACGUCGCGCAAACAUCAUGCUUGUCCAGCUUGUCAGCACUCGCAAUGCGCACGACUCGACUGCCUCGUUGGCCCUCAGACUCCAUGCCCGUUGCGGUGCAUGUCCAUCAGAUGCGAACCACCAGCCAGGAUGGUCCGCUCCCCACCGCAUCAGCGCGCAGGUUUGGUAGCUGUCAGCAGCAUAGCGACGCUGCUGUCGCGAAAGCUGCACCGACGACUCACGUGGGAGCACCGAUGCGAUGCACACCAGGUCAUACGCCUCGUCGAACAGGUCGAACGAUGUAGCGAUCUUUUCCAACAUACCUACACCAUCACGCACAUCCAUACAAUACACAUCAGCCCUUCCAUGCCAGACCUCUGGUUUUUGUCACAGGCCUGAAUACCUGGAUCGACGCCGUCCUCGCUCGGUUGGCUGUUAUUCAUCAGAAUCACCACCUCCGGAUGCCUCGCAAAGACACAGCGCGCAAAAGCAGCCGUCGACCAAUCGAAGGCCGCCCGGUCAGCCUCCGACAGGGCCGCGACACCUUGACUAAACGUCAUGGCAUGCCGCACGCCCUCCAGCGCGAUCCCCCCUCGCCGAGCAAGCAGCCACGGCACGGUCAACACGCCGUCCCACGGGUGCAUCCCACAAACGGCGAAGAGCAUGUUUGACGAGAAAGCAGGGCGCGUCGAGAGCCCAGCGAACCACGAUGUGAAGUUCGUGUAAGUCGCCCUCGCCUGCCGGCCGCGCCCAUGACUGCGCUCCGUCCUUGUAGCACGCCGCUCAAUCACGCCCACCGCAAAGUUGGCCGCGUCGGUGAGCCACGCCCGCUCUGCGGCAUGGACGUCCAUAACCUCAUCCCCGUCGCCAGGAUUGGCCGCACCAGAUCCCACAGGCUCGUGCACCACCUUCAAACGCUCCAUCAUCAAUCGCCACAACACCGGUGACACCGUGACCAUACGACCAAAGAGCCACAGGUCCCCAAACUGGUGGUUGGCUGGGCACGGCACUGCUGGCACCGUCGCCCCGUGUACGGUCGUCGGGUGCACCAUGCACAGAGGGCGAAUGCCGAUCGGCCGCUGCGUCGGCGCGUGACGGCCACGAGCACCUCCACCACCACCGUCAGCACCAGCAUCCUCACCACCAUCAUCGUCACCAUCAUCUUCACCACCACCACCAUUCGCAGUAGCACCACCGUCGUUGCCAUCAUUUGCGUCGCCCGCAUCGACUCCACUCCCACCACCAGCUGCAUCCCGACCACUGUUGCGCUGUGCACUGUCCUGCCUCUGCCGCCCCUGACCGUCACCUGCGUCGAUCGACUCAGUCGCCAUGAAGGCCGCAUAGCCAUCCAGCGCAUCGCUGAAGGAUAUGUACGUGCCACCACAGUCGUCAACACCGUGGAACGGCUGCUGAGCGGCACGAGCCGCCUCUGCUGGAAACUCACGCUCGUACCCAACGCACUCCUCCUCAACCCAGUGAACAUGGUUGACGUCCUCGUCAUGCAGGUGGUAUUCACGCAGCCCAUCAUUGCAACACAGCAUAGAGCCUUCCAGCUGGUACAGCCGGGGAUCCUGGCGGUUGAAGCUGGAGCGCCUGGUCAAGCUGAAGUUGGAGAUGCCAUCGUACUCCACGUUGGCAUACACCAUGCCCAU